AUGCCUUUCAUCGAUUUUAAAUGUAUUGAUGUACAAUCGUUAGACGAAUCGUCGACAAUAACUGCCGAGGAAAUACAACAAGAUAAAGCAGUUAGGCAAAGCAACUUUAUGCGAGCACUAGAAAUGGCUAAUACUAUCAUAGACCACAAUCCUGAAGUAUUAGUAUUUUAUUGGUAUAUGUGGACUUGUCGAGAUCGCACAUAUUCAAACUCACUUCCACCGGAACAAAUAACACGUCGCACGGUCAAACGGAUGCCAGUUCCAACAGAAGAAGAACAAUUAUGUAUGAAGCAACAUACAAAACUCUUUACAGCUGUUCUCCGGAGUGAUCGAAUCAACUAUGCUGGUCAAGUUUUAUAUGCAAAUACAAAAGCACUAAUACAAUUACAGAUUGAAUUUUCUAAUCAUAUUUUCAUAAUUGAUGAUGAUAAUUCAAGACUUUUGUUUAUUAUGAAUUCAAAUAUUGUACAACCAAUUGUAUCUACAAAUUUAUUCAAGGUCAAUCACUCAUCAUUAUGGUCAUCACCAUCAACAAUGUCAUCUCAAUGUGUUAAUCCUCCUCAUGUCGUAAAUGGUCAAGCCCCACUCAUUCGUUUUCAAAUUUUGAAUGCAGCACAGUCUUCCUCAUUUGGUACAAAAGCUGCACGUAUUAUUAUGACUUCACCAAACUCUACGUCAAAUACACAUAUACAAUCGAGCCUUGAUCAUUCCAGACUUGCAACGUUAAAAGUUGACGUGCCGAAGCAAAUAUCGCCAUCACGUAUCGAUAUACCGAUUUUGAAGGCAAAUAAUGUGAAAACAUUAGACGAUUUAGAUAUUUCUCCACAUUUCAUUAAACCUAUUUCACAAUCAACACCUUCAUCAUCCGAAAAAAGAAAAACUAAACAAAUUGAAGAACCAGCCUCAAAAACAGCGAAACGUUGCAAGAACUGGAGCGAGGAAGAAACCAACACAUUCAUUUCAGUCUGGAGUGAUUAUUAUUCGAAAUUAACCACCGGCGGAGCAAGAAACGCACCAAUUUACAACACAAUUGCGAAACAACUAAACGAAAUGUUACCAAGUCGUACGCUUACAGGCCAUGAGGUGAAAGCAAAAAUUGGAAAUCUCGUCGGAGAAUACAGACGAAAGAAGAAAGAAAUGGGGAAAACCGGUGCCAGUCCACCAUCUUGGCCAUUUUACAAUUCAAUCGAUAAAUUAAUAGGAGAGAGACCGUAUAACGACGACAGCCUCUUAUCUGAUUCAAUGAUAAUGCAAGAAGAAGAAGGGCAGUUAUUCAGCAUGGCAAAUGGUGGUGCAGAUACUUGUAUAUCAACUCAAUAUGGUGCUGAAUCAAAAGAAUUAAUUGAUUUGGAGAACAUCGAAGAUUCAUCUAUUGUUGAUCAAGAAUGUGAUGAAAAGAAACGAAGCUCUUUAGGACCUGACUGCGUUUUGAAAAGCAAUCCGGUGGUAAAAAAUGGUGAGAAAAAGAAUUUAAACCGAAAGAAGAAAGCAUCAGAGCUUAAAUUUGAUAUGAUUCAAGAUUUACUGAAAAAAAUUGAACAAGUUAAUGACAUUGCGUCAGAAUCGGAGAAGAAGGUGGUGGAGCUGCUCGAAAAGCAAACAGCAUUACAACAUGAAAGUAUGAAGAAUGAACGAGAGUUCUUAGAAGUUUUCAAACAUAUGGUGAACAACAUGAAUACAAGAUCAUAA